CUAACGCACAGUUUUUUCUUUGGUUUCCACGCUCCCCAGUGCUAAAAAUUUGACCCUUCUAUUUCAAUGUAGAUGUUGUAGCGUAAUACAUCUGGGGCACCAAGAUUUUGCAGAUCUCUUCUUGCAUUUCUUGCUUGAACCCUUCACUUCUCUAAGCUGAAAAAAAUGUUGAAGAUGGGGUUAAUGACCAUCUGCUUGUUCUUUUUCUGUUUUCUGGGUCUUACUGGCGCAGGUCAAGAAUCUAUCGAAUACCUUAAGCUUUAUGAAACAAGUGCAGAGGUUAUUCACGCAUUAUCUCACGAUGAUCUUCCUAUAGCAGUUCAUGUGAAUGGCAAUGUCCUCAGGGAGGUCUCUAGCAGUGUUUUGAAGGCUGAGAGUUGGCUCAGAGUCCAUGUUCUAGCUCACUUUCCAGCUACCAAAAUCACUACCAUUCUUGUGGGUGAAACCUUUCUCUGUCAGAUUGAUGAAGAAGAAAGUUUGGGUUUUUAUUUGCCAUCUAUUAAGAACAUUUAUCACUCUCUUACAAGGUGGGGUCUAGAGAAAGAUAUCAAAGUUUCAACCGCUUUCUCUUCCAAAUGUUUGAUGCAAAACUCUGCUCUUUUUAGUGAUGGUUUAGCUAAGAAUGUCAUUAAAUCUAUGUUGGAGUUCUUCCAAAACACAAACUCCACUUACUCCAUAAUUGUGCCUCCAAAUUUAUCUUCCUCUUUAAUACUACUAUAUUCCCACCUGGAUUUCAUGAAAAAGUUUGGAUCUCUUAUGCUUACAAAGGUCAAUGUGGUAGUCUGCGGUCAAAAGGUGAAAUCCUCCAUAAGCAGGAAGCUCUCAGCCUUCCCAGCUAGACCAACCCCGUCACCAGAAACCACUGCCAAUGUAGCCAAAAAGCCUCAUCCUCCACAAUUCCCCACCGUUUCACCGCCUCCAUUUUCCUUCCCUGUUGAUUCUCCACCGCUAUUUUCCUUCGCCGUUGCUCCAGAGCUGCCUUCGCCGUUUGUGCCUGCCAGCUCACCUACUGGCUUCCAUUUGCCUCCUUGUAAUCCAGCCUAUGACGACACUGCACCAGCACCGCAGACGGAGAUGAUGCAACAAAAGCUUUGGUGUGUGGCUAAGCCUAGUGUUCCUUCCGAUACUCUACAGGAAGCAAUGGACUACGCUUGUGGUGAAGGCGGUGCUGAUUGUAAAGAACUUAUGACAAACGAGAACUGUUUCUAUCCAGACACCAUGGUCGCUCAUGCUUCUUAUGCUUUCAACAGUUACUGGCAGAAGACCAAGAGGGAUGGUGGAACUUGCAAUUUUGGUGGCACUGCUAUGAUCAUCAAUGCUGACCCGAGUUUUCUUCAAUGUCGGUUUGAUCUCAGCUGAACAAUGGAAAAUGUUGGGUUUGUUUCAGCACAAACUGGGAUAUCUGUGGGGUCUGAUUCCAGGGCGAAUUUGUCUCUUUCUUUUUGCCUUUUAUUCUUAGUGGUUAGCUUAGUACGGAGUAGGACUUAAAGAUUCUGUUUCUUUAGUUCUGUGGUAUCCUUUGAGAAAUUUGCAAGACUUUUUUAAUAUGAUUCCAUAUGCCCUUUUGCCUUGAAA